CACGAUAUCACACAUGUGUGGGUCAUUCUCCGGUCGUCAUCUUGGUCGGUAAGAUUUUUUUCUAAAAAACUAAAAAACAUUGUUUAAACCAUUCUACAACAAAAUGGCAGAAGCUGACAAGACUCUAAAGGCAAUAGAGCCCAUUGAAGAGGAGUUUGAAGAUGAGACCCUUGCAGAGAGGCUUUGGGGCCUGACAGAAAUGUUCCCGCCGAGUGUGUGCAACGGCGUCUCAAUGUUAACCAGUGCAUCACUGAAAGGCGUUCAGGUGUCGUACAACUUCAGUCGAAGCGCCCUCUGGAUUGGCACCACAACAUUCAUGGUCCUCAUACUACCCGUGAUCUUUGAAACAGAGAUGGCACAGAUGGAGCAAGCCCAGCUGCAGAAACAAAGACAGAUUCUGCUUGGGCCCAGUGCUGCUCUAUCGGGCUCCAGCGGUAUACCAGGAGGCUUGACCCCACCCAUCCCAGGAAUGCCAAGAUAAAAAAAAUACCUGUUGUUAGAAACUUGGAUCUAUAUUUAAUUAUUAUUUUACAUUCUAGUCGGUGGAGUGGAUGUUGUACAUUAAAAGGCAGUCUAAUUGAGUUUUCUUUUAUGUGUUGAGAUUAUGUUUCUCAAUUCAGACCUGGGGUGGAUUUCACAAAGAGUUAGGACUAGUCUUAUCUCGAGUUAGGACGAGUUACUCGUCCUAACUUAGG